AUGCCAGGGGAUGAUUUGUACCGUUCCGAGACAUGCCGAGGCAGAAGGGUGGGUUAAGUAAGAGCGAUUACUCUGGACUGGCAGUGCAUUGCAGUCUGGUCUCAGUCUCCGUGUGCAUCCCAAAUGGCACCGUGCCUGCCUCUGCCAGCUAAAAGGACAAAAUCACUGCUAAUGCUACAACUAAAAUCUCCGAAAAUAUUACUCCUUUAGUGCUUUAACCAGGCAUUGUUCUCAUCCUCAUGUAAUGCCCCUGGUGCAGAUUUCAGAGCACCACCAUCCUGACCCCCAUCAGUGGAUUAAAACUAUAAUAUCCUCAACGGAGGUAGAAUUUGUGUUUAUCUGGGCUGGAAAAUAAGGUCAUAAUGAAAGAAAUUGAUGUCUCUGACCUUUUUUGUGAAACUGAAGGCUGAACCCUGUCUGCUUUUGGUACCAUCUGACCAGGAAGGAAUGAGGAUGAUUAAUGACUAGGUUUGUUGACCGAUAAGGCCUCCUCCCACCCUAUCUCUCUCUCUCUGCCUGCCUGUGUAUGUUGAAAAGAAAAGAGAUGACGCAACGUUGUGCCAAGCUGAUCUGGCCGUGGGGGGGGGGGGUGACUGUGGGUGACUCACCUCUAUAGGUCAGGGCAGGGCCACACGGGUACUCUCCACCCCAAAACAGUCAACCAACCCCUUACAUGACCCCCUGGAUAGAGUGCCUGAAUAGAGGGAGGAGCUGGCGUUAGUUAGUGAGAGUAUAGGAGAGGUGGACGGUUAAAAGGGGCAGGCAGGCUAUACCAGUUUCCAUGGCUGGGCAGACAUUUACGUAACCUGUUGCUGCAGAGGCAACUGUUCAGUGUCAGCUCAGACCCUGUGUGCGCGUGCAUAAAUUACAUGUGUUGAUCAGGGUGUUUGGUGACUGGUCGCCCAUGUCCUCAUGUUUUAGAGUCAGUCUGGCAUUGGCACAGUAAAGGUACCCCAGCGCGUGUGUGUGUGUGUGUGUGGUGUGUGUGUGUGUGUGUGUAUAGAGGUGCACCACGGUGUGUGAAAGUGAUACUGAUUAGUGUCCCCUCUGGCUCAGCAUGCUCUGACCGUGCUGCCACAUUUGACUGAUGGCCGAGCCCUGGCUGUUCUAACACACACACACACACCACACACACACCACAACCCCCCCCCCCCCCCCACACACCACACACACACACCACAACCCCCCCCUCCCACACACACACCACAACCCCACACCCCACACACACACCACACCCCCCCCCCCACACACACCCACAACCCCCCACACCCCCCCCCCUCACACACACCACACACCCAACCCCCCCACACACAACCAACACCACCACCCCCCACCCAACAACACCAACAAACACAACCCCCCCCCACACACACACCCACAACCCCCCCCCACCACACCACACCACAACCCCCCCCCCCACACACACCCCACAACCCCCCCCUCCACACACCACACAAACCACCAACCACCCCCCCUCCACCACACACACACCAAACCCCCCCCACCACACACCACCACACACACCCCCCUCCCACACCCACACCACAACCACAACCACCCCCACAACCACAACCCCCCCACACCCCAACACCAAACCCCCCCCACACACACCACAACCCCACAACCCCCCUCCACACACACACAACAAAACCCCUCCCACACACAACCCCCACCACACCCCCCUAACCCACACAACCCCCCCCCCCCCCCCACCACACCCAACCCACCCCCCCCCUCACCACCACACAUCCCUCCACCCCCCCUCCACACCCCCUACACACCACCCCUCCACACCUCCCACACCACACCUACACCCCCCCUCCCCCCCCCACACCACACCCCCCCCCUCUCCACACUCCACCCCCUCACACCUCCCCCCUCCAUCCUCCACACCAGCCCUCCCUAACCACUAACCAUUUUUUACUCGCACCCACACCCUCCAUCCAUCACCACUGAUCCUCCCCCUUAACCCAGGUGAACACUCCACACCUCCCUAACCAACCUUUUUCUUUCCUCCACUGCUUUUAUGUGAUUCCAGUCCGUGAUUUAACACAAAGCUCAUUACAGAUCAUUAUAGGAAGACAUCUGGUUUUACUAUGCCAUGAUGAAGUCUGACCUUAAAGGGAUACUUUGGGUUUUUCCCCCAGAGUCAGAUGAACUCGUGGAUACCAUUUUGAUGUCUCUGCGUGCGGUUUGAAGGAAGUUGCUAACUAGCGCUAGCGCAAUUGCUAACUAGCGUGCUAGCAGAUACCCAUAGACUUCCAGUCAUUGUGCUAACGCUAGUUAGCAUUGGCUCGCAAAACUACUUCUAACUUCCUUCAUACUGGACACAGACAUAAAAUGGUAUCCACAAGUUCAUCUGAUUCUGGGGAAGUAUAUAAAGGGCCUCUUUGCCGAAAUCCCGAAGUAUCUCUUUAACAGUGCCAACCCUCUGGGCCACUAAAAUAUUUCUAAACCCCAAACAUGGAAUCUCCAUAAAGCAAGUCAAACCUCUAAAACUCACCCUUUUAAAUGUACAGCAAUGUUUGCUAGUGUUUCCCCGACCACAUUGGCCGGUGCAUAUAUGGUUUAUGGUGCUGGCCAGCACUGAACUGGUAUUCCCAUUAAGUUAGAGGGACACAGGCUGUUAAAAUAGGACAACAUUGUUAGAGAGGAGAGAAGUAUGUAGGUUAGCUGGCUAGUCUGUUUGUUUUCUUGGGAUUGUUUUUGUUUUCUCAGUUAUUCCUGUGUGGUUCAUGGCUUGACUAGGCAGGGUUACUGUAAAACACUGUCUUUGACAACUGCUGAUGUAAAAAGGGCUUUAUGAACACUUGAUUGAUUGAGUGAUUGGUUUAUUGAUUGAUUGGGUCCCGUUGUAUACUUUAGGCUGGGUUAAAGGUACCCCAGCGUGUGUGUGUGUGUGUGUGUGUGUGUAUAGAGGUGCACCACAGUGUGUGAAAGUGAUACUGAUUAGUGUCCCCUCUGUAAAGCAUUAUGUGACAAGACAACUGGAAAUGGAAUGUGUAAUCUAUUGAUUGAUAGAUUUUUCUCCUGGUCUCUCCUACAGGAUCGUAAGCUGUCUAAGACGGAGCGUCAGAGGUUCAAGGAGGAGGCUGAGAUGUUGAAGGGUCUCCAGCACCAUAACAUUGUACGCUUCUACGACUCCUGGGAGUCUCCCUCCAAAGGAAAGAACUCCAAGUGCAUCGUGCUGGUCACAGAGCUCAUGACAUCAGGCACCCUCAAAACGUUAGUAGUACUGACAAGCUUGUACGAUUUUAUGCACACACACACACACACACACACACACACACACACACACACUAAACAUUUUGGGGAACAUCCACCUCUCCAGUCGUCAACAUCUGCCAUCUCACCCCCCCUACUGUUGUUCUCUGCCACCAACAGAGAUAUGAAAAUGUCAAAGGAAAUCUCUUCUUGUUAUUUUUCCUUUUAGUUAACCUUUUCCUUGUUCCAUAACCUUCAUAUAAUGCGUAGCCGCAUCUGCUAGUCAAAUAGGGCUUUCUGAGUGUUCCAUAAUAAGCCCUUCACAGCUCUGUGUGAGCCCUGAGAGCAGAGUGGUACCUCUUAACAGGGUGCUAUUGUGUUGUGUCGCACCAUGCCCAGGACGCAUGUCCAUCUGCCUACCACCCUGCUGCUAGCUAGUCUACACUCUGUCUGGCACACUAGAGACACACGCACACACGCACGCACACACACACACACACGCACACAGUCACACACACACAGUCACACACACACAGUCACUCUCACACACACACAGUCACACAUUACAAAACCCCUGACAAUGGAGAGAGAACAGAACCGGACAGGGCAGCAGGCCAGUCAGGGUUGGGGACCGGCCCAGUGUUCUCUGUGGUUACAAUAAAACCUGAAUGUAGAGCAGAUAGCUACAGUAGGAAUGGGCAAUGGACAGCAUGCCACCCACCACCCCACCUUCCAUGGGACUGAUGCAUUGUGGGAGAGCUGCCCACCUGCCAGCUGCUGCUGAUGCAGAUUCCUCACAUUCUUGAUAGAGAGGGAGGGGGAUAGACUGAGGUAGAGAUACAGUGAGGGGGAAGGGGGAGACAGACAGUGAGACAGAGAAAGCGAGGAUGGAGAGAGACAGACAGGCAUUCAGACAAAGACAAAAGGAGAGGGCGUCAGUGUUUCUGCCUGUCCUGUCGGCCGUGGUGUGGUACAGUACUGACCAUGUGGUACUAGUCUGUCUGGGCCCACCACAGGACAGACGGAGCAGCUCAGGACUCUGGACCAGACCAGCAGCUCCCUCCUGUGGAAGAGUCAGUGUGCUGUGUCCCAAACUACUGUACCUUCACUAUGGGGACUGUAACACUGUCAUGGCCUAGAUUAUCCACUUCCUGUAACACUGUCAUGGCCUAGAUUAUCCACUUCCUGUAACACUGUCAUGGCCUAGAUCAUCCACUUCCUGUAACACUGUCAUGGCCUAGAUUAUCCACUUCCUGUAACACUGUCAUGGCCUAGAUCAUCCACUUCCUGUAACACUGUCAUGGCCUAGAUUAUCCACUUCCUGUAACACUGUCAUGGCCUAGAUUAUCCACUUCCUGUAACACUGUCAUUGUCUAGAUCAUCCACUUCCUGUAACACUGUCAUGGCCUAGAUCAUCCACUUCCUGUAACACUGUCAUGGCCUAGAUCAUCCACUUCCUGUAACACUGUCUCUGUUAUGGAAGCAAGACUUGUAUAUGGCUAUGAAUUAAAUGUGUGUGGGGGAAAAACAGAAACUAUCUUUAAAGCUGAAGGAAGAAAAAGAUUAACUGUUGGAAGAAGAUGGAAGGAAAAGUCCCAUUUGAGGAUUGUGUGGAUGUUCUUCUCCAUGUGGUGCAGUAUAUUGCCCCAGGAUUUGGUUUCCUUGGCAGCAUCUUGCAUACAGCCCUCUCUCCUAAUAGCCGUACAGGCCUGGACCAAGACCAGGGACACAUACAUACUACAGUACCAGGAGCUGUGCCAUACCCUCAGGAGGGCCAGAGCCAGGCACAUGGCUGGGUAGGGCGGCAGGCUGGUUGAGCUCACGCCAGCCUGGUCUGGUCUGGUCCACAUGGUUAUCAUCAUCACCCACACAGCUGUGUGUGUGGGGGGGGGGGUUCAACAUGGGAGCCUAAUCCCAGUGCAGAAAGACAAACAGUGACACAUGUCUGGCACUGUAGCACUCAGGGUACUGACCCAGAUACACACAUGUAGUCUAAAUACAGGUGCACGUAUACCCACCAGGGAUUUUAGCAAGGCACUUAACCCUAAUUGCUCCUGUAAGUCGCUCUGGAUAAGAGCGUCUGCUAAAUGACUAAUUAUUAUUAUAAUUAUUAUUUGUCUGCCAUUGAAAUCCUUGGGCGGGCCGCCAAGCGUUUCUUCGGGCCUCCUAAGUCAAACAGUGUUUUUAGCAAUACAUUGUUUUCAGAAAUGUUUUCAGUGUAGACUUAAACAACUAAAACCAGAUACAGUAUAAAGUAUUUAGAAAAGAUAAUAUACCUAUAUGUAUAUACAAAAUAAAAGCUAGACCGUUGUGGAGAAUUGAAUUCUCAAAACAAUGGAUUUAGCAGUAUUGAUCGAUGUUUGAGCAGCAAAAUACCGCAUUAGCCAUGGCAAAAUGCAGGGAACUGAAGGAAAUUGGCUUAGAAAUGCAGAAAUGUCUCUACACCGCCAAGAUGGGGGGGCCUCUAAAAUUGUAAUCUAAAAUUCAGCUGCGCCCUCGUCCAUUGACACACCCCCUGCCACGCCCACCACCUAAGCCCAUUUUUUUAUCCUGAAAACACCCUGCGCGUGCACACACACGUGCACACAUACACACACGUGCACACACACAUCUUCACAGACCUGCUACAUACGUACCCGGUGUGCUACACUUUCGCAGUUACGGAAAUUGUCACGGAAUGACAACUUUCUUAGUUACCCCAGACCCAUCCACAAACAAAGAGUGGGAGAGAGAAGGAGGAGGGAAAGAAAGAGGAGAGAAUGGAAAGGGAGAGGCAGAGCAGGUAUCAAGAGGCCUCUCUGUGAAUCUUUGUUGUCUGUUGGAUGUUGACCGCGUCUUUGGGCUCUGUCACACUGGCUUACCUACCUUGGCACCAGCCUCACACCUCAAUCAGCUCCUGGACUUCCAUCAUAGCAGCCUUACCUCCUCGCUUGUCCUAUACCGCAUAGCACACACACACACACACACACACACACACACACACACACACACACACACACACACACACACACACACGUACGUACAAUAACUUACCUAUCAACACACCCCUCCCUCUCAGAGCUGGGACAAUCCCAGACUAGACUCUAUUAACUCAACACUGUAAUGCUGUUUGUGUAGGCUUUAUGCUCCAGUGGUGCCUUCAUCACUCAUUUCAGGAAUUAUUGGACAAUUUCUCUUCUCAUUAAUUGUUAUAUUUGGACCAUUUUUAGAAGCUUUUCUCAUUAGAUGCUUUAAGACAAAUUUUCCAUGAAUAGGUGUUGAAUGAAGGUUCUGAGACAGUAGCGUCCAAAGUGUUUCCAGAGCUCGCCUGUCAACAGCGAAGUCAUUGACAGAACACAUCCGUACAAACAAGCAUCAUUUUAGCGGAAGGAAUAACAGUCUUAUCUGAUUUUCACAAGGCAAAGGGUGUGUUCCAAAUGGCACCCUAUUCCCGUUAUAUAGGGCACUGCUGGGCCCUGUUCAAAAGUAGUGCACUAUAAAGGCAAUAGGAUGCCAUUUGGAACUCAGGCCAGAAACUGGUCAGGCCAGAAAAGGUGUUUACAAAGUUAAGCAAUGUGCCCCUGGAGUUUAACAAACAUAUAAUCCUUUGUGUGUGCGCUAGGUGUGUGUUUCUGUGUUUGUGUUCCCUUUUGUGUUUCAUUGUUUGUGUAUGUCCACCCAUCAAGCCUGCGGUGUAGAGAGAGAGAGCAAAUGAGAGAGCAAUAGAAUGCCAGUAUUGGUCCCUCCUGAGGAGGCACCGUGUAAUGAUGGGUACUACCCAUCUCUUCCUGCUUCUCCCCUGCUGCUGCUCUUCCUCCUCCUCCUCCUGCUUCUCCCCCCUGCUGCUUCCUCUCUCCUCCUGCUUCUCCCCCUGCUGCUGCUCUUCCUCCUCCUCCUGCUUCUCCCCCUGCUGCUGCUCCUCCUCCUCCUCCUGCUUCUGCCGCUGCUCUUCUUCCUCCUCCUGCUUCUCCCCCUGCUGCUCCUCCUCCUCCUCCUGCUUCUCCCCCUGCUGCUGCUCUUCCUCCUCCUGCUUCUCCCCCUGCUAAUCCUCCUCCUGCUUCUCCACCCUGCUGCUCCUCCUCCUGCUUCUCCCCCUGCUGCUGCUCCUCCUCUCCUCCUCCUCCUGCUUCUCCCCCUGCUGCUCCUCCUCUUCCUCCUGCUUCUCCCCCUGCUGCUGCUCUAUCCCCUCCUGCUGCUUCCCCCUGUGCUACUCUUCCCCUGCUACUCUUCUUCUUUCCUGCCUCUCCACCCUGCUGCUCUGCUUCCUCCUCCUGCCUGCUUCCCUACUGCCCCCUGCUUUGCCGUCUCUCAUCCUCCUCCCGCUGUUGUUCCUCCUCCUCCUCCUGCUUAGUAGAUUGUUGUAAUGAGGCUUACUGGACUAAAUCCCAAUCCAUGGCAAGGCUCCAAAUGAUUUUAUUAUGCCCCGCCAGGGGCAGGGCAGGGCAGGGCUGGGCAGGCUAAUCUAAUGAAAGUGUAGAGGGGAGUAGGGAGAAGGAGAUGCUUCCCUAUCCUGUCACAUGAUGCUGAAAGAGCCAGUGUGAAUCCCUAUUGUACUGGGUAGACAACCAUAUCUGUUCAACACGACACAUUUCUGAAUCAUGUAACGUUGCACCCUCCUGAACAGUACCCUUGAAUAGCCAACCAUCACCACACCUCUCAGUGAAAUACAAACCCCAUGAUGCAAUGCAACCAUGAUACUGGCCAAUAUGGACAAUAUGGUGUUUAAUAGUCUCCAUCUGUGGGCUGUGUUCUCUACCAACUCAUUUUAAUCAACCUGUCACAGCCUGGCCUGUAUUUUAGUCCGUGUAGCUGAGUUUUUUUACUAUCUAGCAAUAGUAGCACCUGUCAACAGCUUUUCUCAGUUUGGAUCAUGGACGUUUCUGUUGUUGUGGAACAGUAGCUUGAAUUGGAGCUCUGUGUAUAAUUUGGCACAUUGACAGAAAUGUUGUCCGAUGUGCAUUGUCCCUGUCAAAUAAAUGUUAUAAAAAUGGCAUGUGCUCGUCCAGUGUGAGUGAUUUGAACACUGGAAGAUGUUUAACCGAAACCUAACAAUCGGAACACUCAAAUAAUAACCUAUACUGGUCUUCUGUCUCCUGGUACUAUGCUCAUAGGUCAAAACCGUUUCCUUGUCCCCUUUAGCUCAUAACCUGCUACUUUAUAAGGAUUUAUUAGAAUGGGGUUAAUCUCUUCCAUGGGCAUUGGGCAGAUUACCCAGUCUGGGUUUUGGUAAAUGUUGAAUAUUUAGGCCCUGCUGUUACCCCCGACAGGGGGAGAGAGGGUUGGAGGGAAGGAGAGAGGGAGGCUUAGGAAGAAGUGAAGGCCACUAAUGCAAUGUUGGACAUGCUCUAACACACUCCAAAUACUAUAUACUGAACAAAAAUAUAAACGCAACAUGCAACAAUUUCAACGAUUUUACUGAGUUACAGUUCAUAUAAGGAAAUCAGUCAAUUGAAAUAAAUUCAUUAGGCCCUAAUCUAUGGAUUUCACAUGACUGUGCAGGGGCGCAGCCAUAGGUGGGCCUGGGAGGGCAUAGUCCCACCCACUUGGGAGCCAGACCCACCCAUUGGGGAGCCAGGCCCAGCCAAUCAGAAUUAGUUUUUCCCCAUAAAAGAGCUUUAUUACAGACAGAAAUACUCCUCAGUUUCAUCAGCUGUCCGGUUGGCUGGUCUCAGACGAAUCCCGCAGGUGAAGAAGCCGGACGUGGAGGUCCUGGGCUGGCGUGGUUACACGUGUUUUGAGGCUGGUUAGACGUACUGCCAAAUUCUCUAAAACGACGUUGGAGUCGGCUUAUGGUAGAGAAAUUAACAUUAAAUUAUCUGGCAACAGCUCUAGUGGACAUUCCUGCAGUCAGCAUGCCAAUUGCACGCUCCCUCAAAACUUGUGGCAUUGUGUUGUGUGACAAAACUGCACGUUAGUGGCCUUUUAUUGUCCCCAGCACAAGGUGCAUCUGUGUAAUGAUCAUGCUGUUUAAUCAGCUUCUUGAUAUGCCACACCUAUCAGGUGGAUGGAUUAUCUUGGCAAAUGAGAAAUGCUCACUAACAGAGAUGUAAACACAUUUGUGCACACAAUUGGAGAUAAAUAAGCUUUUUGUGCAUAUGGAAAAUUUCUGGGAUCUUUUAUUUUAGCUCAAACAUGGGACCAACACUUUUUACAUGUUGUGUUUUAUAUUUUUGUUCAGUAUAAUAUUAUUUUUGGGCUCCCAUUACAACAACUGAAAGGUUUUGUUAUCUCCUCUGAUAUAUCCAGAUUAAUAUGUACAUCAAGCCAGUGAUCACUGUCCCGUGUAGCUCAGUUGGUAGAGCAUGGCGGUUGCAACGCCAGGGUUGUGGGUUCGAUUCCCACGGGGGACUAGUAUGAAAAAUGUAUGCACUCACUACUGUAAGUUGCUCUGGAUAAGAGCGUCUGCUAAAUGACUAAAAUGUAAAAUCACUCAUCGUCAUCGAUGGGUUGAUAAUCAUUAAUCACCUAUAUCAAAACAAUACUUGAUAGAAAUGUGCUACACCUCAUCUCACCACUGUUUUUGUUAUUGUAAAAGCGAAUUUGUUCUCAACGCUUUACCUUGCGUUUAUAAUGACAGUAACUUUUACUGGCUAAAUGAACGUUUAAAUGAUGUUUCAGGAAUCUGAAGCAGUUCAAAGCGAUGAAGAUGAUAAAUCAGCUAUUUCAUAUAAAACCAAAACAACACUUGUUAGAAACGUACCACAGUCUCAUCACGGUUUGUUCUUAAUGUGUUCUAGGUAUCUGAAGCGGUUCAAAGUGAUGAAGAUCAAGGUUCUGCGUAGCUGGUGUCGUCAGAUCCUGAAGGGGCUCCACUUCCUCCACACCCGGACCCCUCCCAUCAUCCACAGGGACCUGAAGUGUGACAACAUCUUCAUCACCGGUCCCACUGGUUCCGUCAAGAUAGGAGACCUGGGAUUGGCUACGCUCAAACGGGCCUCCUUCGCCAAGAGUGUCAUAGGUACGACCCCAAAGGCUGAUUUACUGACCUCUUACCUUCCAUCCCAACACCUGUGUCAAAGCCAGACCCCUUCCCUCGUCCCUUCCGACCUCCCCACAGAUGGUUGAAUUUAAAAUAUAUUUCAGUUUAAAUCGACACCUUCUGGAAUGGAAUGUGAGGGUUUCGGGUGGAUGGGAUAGGGCGGAGUAGGAAGAACGGGAUAAAAGUAAAAUAUAUUUUAAAUUCACUUUUUUUAAAGUGUCGAAGAUGCCAACCACUGUUUGUCGUGAGCCGACCACAGGUUUUCAGUGCCAGGCUCUCCCUGACCGCAGCACUCCGUGGGCCUCCAGUUUCCUCCAGAGCUGGUUGUGUUUGACUGAUCUCAGGGUGAAACUGGGGAGCCACCCCGGCUCUGCUGUGCCAGCCAGUUCAUGUUUUAACAAGGGGAAAACACCUUUUGGUCUCUGUUCCCCCAUCUGAAAACAAUCAGUUACGUGAGAAAAAAGCUAAUUGAAAUUCAUAUUAUGCAGGUGAAAGCACUCUAACUUUCCAUAAACUGUGGUGUGUUGGAGCUUGUAAAUUGCCCUAAUGACAGCAGGUCUUUAGCCACAUCGUGAAAUCCCACAAAUGUUGACAAUAAACGUGGGUUUUCCCUCUUUUGGGGUAAAAAUAAAUUUUCUCUUUGGGUUUGGGUGGAGACCUGUGGUCUGUUUACUUUAAGACUGAUUUAAAGUCUAAGAUACACAUGCUGACAAUGAUAAUGAAUGUGUCUGAAAUGGCACCCUAUUCACUAUAUAGUGCACUACUUUUGAACAGGACCCAUAGGGCUCUGGUCAAAAGUAGUGCACUAUAUAGGGAAUAGGGUGCCAUUUCGGAUGCACCCAAUGUAAUAUCUCUCUAAAACGUUUUCCUCGUUGGUUUUGUGUUCUCCCCACUCAGCGUUUUAAGAUCACCUGAUCCGACCAUUAUAUCUGCUCAUCUAGCUUUUUUCCCCCUUAAUCAACCCUUUUUUCUUUUUUGUUUAUCUAUGCUCUUGAGUAUUUAAAACAUGUAGGCUCUCCCUCAUUCUGCAGUACUGGAUAAUAAUAUAAUAUGUACUGCAGUCACAGUAAGUGGUUCUGGUAAGUGAAAAUCAACAUUUAAAUCAACAUUUCAAAAAUUCUAAAUAAUCGUUUUUCUGUGUAAGACCUUUGCUUUACACCAGUGUCACAAGGUGCACAGAACAGGGCUGUUUAGUUCAGUCAAUAGCUAUGGGAUAGGCUUAUCUCGGGGCCUAACCAAUCUACUCUAACCUUUGCUUCCAACAGGUCAACUAACAGGUAAGUGACACUAAGACAUGUAUCCUGUUUCUGUGAGAAAGGUGAGGUUUUGACACAAGUUAGUUCCAUAGCUAUGUUGAUAACCACACCAGUAGGACAAAUGUAGUCAUAAAGGCCCUCGAUUGGCCAUUUCAGACUCAUCUGUUACAAAGCUAUCCAAUCAGGCGUUUGUGUCUGGAUGGGGAGGGGAUUGAACGUACAUUUACUUGUCUGUCUGGCUAACAGCCUGUCGUCCUCUCAACCCCUCUCCUGUUUGAGUCUUCUCUGACCAGACUACAGCUCUCAAUUGCUUGAUUACAAGGUACCAACACAAGGGCCUAUCAGCAUGUUCUGUGCACCUGUCCCCCCUUCUCUCUUAGCCCCAAUAAAAGGCCUUACAGAGAAGAACUUGUGCUUGUUUCACUUCUGACUAAACUCCCCCUUCUCUUUUUUUAUUUUUUUAUUUUCUCUUUAUUUUGCUCCCCCCAUUCCCCCUCUCCGCUCUCUCUCCUGUCUCUCUCCUCGCAGGUGGUACGCCGGCGGCCUGUCCCGUGGCUUCGUCCUUUCCUACUCCUCUCUUCUCUGGCCCUCCUGGGUGAGUUAGGCCAGAGGAGACACAGCAGUGUGAGGCACAGAGAGUUCUGAACCCGUUCCGUUUUGAUCCGUUUCAAGGUACCCCAGAGUUCAUGGCCCCUGAGAUGUAUGAGGAGAAGUAUGACGAGUCAGUGGAUGUGUAUGCCUUUGGGAUGUGCAUGCUGGAGAUGGCCACCUCAGAGUACCCCUACUCA